AAGAGAGCGAGCCAGAGAGUCAGGGCGGGAAAAGCCUGCUCGGUUGAGCGGUAUUAACACGGCGUAGCAAUUUCAUCCUCCCAAACGUGAUCUCCUUUAACAACCGCGAGCGCUCAAAUGCCUGUUGCCAGGUUACCGUCCAGCACUGUGAAGCGCGGCAUCGCGUACGGCAUGGCGAAGAGCUGCUGACUCGCGCCCGUCUCUGAAUAAUGAAUAACCGAUGCAUUCACAACCGGGGGAACGCGAUGAAUAGGCGAGUGUGAUCGCGAUCGAGUCCGCAGCGUUGUCGCUGGAGCCGGGGGAAGCCAUGCAGCUUCAGUCUGCAGCGCAGUGCAAGGUGUCCGGGUUCAUACUGAAGGAAAGAUGCGCCCUGUCUUCAAAAAUGGAAGUGCACCGCGAGCAGAGUAUCUGUCAGGCGCGGGCCGCUGUCAUGGUAUAUGACGACGCCAAUAAGAAAUGGGUUCCGGCCGGCGGAUCCACGGGCUUCAGUCGAGUCCACAUCUAUCACCACACGGGCAACAACGCCUUCAGAGUAGUGGGCCGUAAGAUUCAGGACCACCAGGUGGUAAUAAACUGUGCCAUUCCCAAGGGGCUGAAAUACAACCAGGCAACACAAACCUUUCACCAGUGGCGAGACGCACGGCAGGUCUACGGGCUUAACUUUGGCAGCAAAGAGGAUGCCAAUGUAUUUGCCAGUGCAAUGAUGCAUGCCCUGGAGGUGCUGAACUCUCAGGAUGCAGGCCCCCCGUUGCCAAGACAGACCCCUCAGGUGCAGAAUGGCCCUUCACCAGAGGAGCUGGAGAUGCAGAGAAGGCAGCUGCAGGAGCUCCAGCGUCAGAAAGAGCAGGAGCGUGAGCGGCUUGACCGGGAACGUCUUGAGCGUGAACGGCUGGAACGCGAGAUGCUGGAGAGGGAACGCCAGGAACGGGAGCGUCAGGAGAGAGAGCGGCUUGAAAGGGAACGUGCCGAGCAGGAACGUCUGGAGCAGGAACGUCAGGAGCAAUUGGAACGAGAACGCCAGGAAAGGGAGUGCGCUGAGAGGGAGAUGAUGGAGAGAGAGCGUGCCGAGAGAGAAAAGCAAGAGCACCAGGAGCAGCUGGACAGAGAGCAGAUGGACUGGGAAAGAGGAAGACGCAUCUCCAACGCCGCAUUUGAAAGCACCCUAUACACGCCCCCACCUCCCGAAUACAAUAAGACCACCUCCUCGUCACCUGCGUCUCCUUCCACACUCAACUACCCAAUGCAUUCCCCCUCCACGGCCACCCCUCCCACCCCUCCCCUGCGCCAUUCGGCAUCCAGAUUCGCCACUUCGCUAGGAUCCGCCUUCCACCCCGUCCUGCCUCAUUACGCCACCGUACCCCGCAGGCAACCCGCCCCACCCACGCCACCACCCCCAGCCCCACCUCCUCCAGUUCCCGCCUCCAAAUCAGCAGUUUGGACGGCCAGUAAUUUCAUGCCCCUACCUCCCUCUCCUCCAGUCAUGAUUAGCAGUCCACCCGGCAAGGCCACGGGCCCUCGCCCAGUUAUCGCCAUUCCCGCCCCCAGUCCGCUUUCCCAGAAACCCCCCUCACCCAUCAUGGCGCCCAACGGGCCACCUUCCUCGCUUCACUUCCACACCUCAUCUCCAGUCUCGGGUCAGCCUUUCUCAUCGCCGCCAACGCCACCCCCUCCGCCCCCCCUGUACUCGCCCUCGCCCACCAUGCCCCAUGUGUCGUGUCCCUCACCCCAGCCUGCUGUUGUCCCUUCUCCUUCCACAGCCUUCCCUGCCUCUGCUGAGCACUCUGUAAACUCUGGGUUGGGAGACUCCUGCUCCUCUGCUCCAGAGCUGCCUGCUGAUUUCCCCAGCCAGCCGGAUUUAGUACAGGGGAUGCCCACCCCUCCACCUCCCCCACCCCUUCCUCCCGGCUCCACUGUGACCCCCACCACUGCCGGACCACUGCUGCCUCCUGGCCCCCCUCCUCCUCCCCCACCACCACUCCCUCCUACACUUACCCCGACUGGGCCUCCCCCACCUCCAGGACCACCACCCCCACUCUCAGGCCAGGCUCCACCACCAGCACCACCUCCACCUCCCGCCCCACCCUUACCCUCGGGUCUGUUCACCCCCUCACCCACCACAGAUGAGAACAAGGCCCUAUCUGGGCUCGCAGCCGCCCUCGCUGGAGCCAAGCUACGGAAAGUUUCAAGGCCUGAUGAGCCACCGACUCCACCUUUGGUCGGUGUUGCGAGUUCUGGUGGUGCCAAGCCCGAGGCAGCCCGCGGGAACGGCCUUUUACCUGGAGGAGGCGGUCUAAUGGAGGAGAUGAGUGCCCUGCUGGCCAGGAGGAGAAGAAUCGCAGAGAAGGGUUCAUCACCAGAGCCUGAGCAGAAAGCUGAGGAGUUUGAGGCAACCAUUACUCCGAAAGUGUCAGCCUGUAGCACACCAGACAUGCCCAGAAAGCCUUGGGAGAGGACAAACACAAUGAACGGUAGCAAAUCGCCAGUCAUCGGAAGACCAAGGUCUACACCAACUCCUACCGGAUCCAUAAGUGCCAAUGGGGUGCCAACAGAAGCUUUAGACUAUGACAGAUUGAAACAGGACAUUCUAGAGGAGAUGAGGAAGGAACUGUCAAAGCUGAAAGAAGAACUAAUAGAUGCAAUCAGGGAGGAAUUGGGCAAGUCAAGCUCUGAAUAGGAUGAUGAGACGCAUCUGUAUUUUACCCACGAGAACAGCUUCGGUUUAAGACAUUAUCUCAAAAGCAAUGAAAAUGGACAUUUACAGUUUUAACCAGUGGUGAUCACAAUAACCAUGUUAUUCGGGAAGAUCUGUUGAGGAAGUUUUGAGCGUGAGGUCACAGGGGUGCGAGGGGAUGCCCAGAUGACUCGACAGCAACAGCGUACUCCCGAAGCCCUGUUUUUUGGGGGGGGGGUCAGGACACAGUCUUAAGGAAGUGACUGUCCGUAUGCAAUGGAUGACUUACUGCGGAAGUCAAUUCGGAUGAUGGACACAAUCUAUUACUGAACUACAUACUGUAUUAACCAUCGAAGAGUGAAAUUGUAAAUCGAGCUGAUGACAUUCAUUCUAUGGCACAUUGUUUAGCAAAGGGCAGGCUUUGUAGUUUAUGAAUUCUAUAAAUGGUGGUGAUGAUGAUGAUGAUAAUGAUGAUGAAGAAAUGUUAAUUCAGUUGGUCUUUAUAUAGAGCUGAAUCUUGAUCUCUGGCCAACCAAAUGUGUAUGGCUGUCUAUUGCUGCAGGACUCUUACGCUUGUCUUCCUACUAUUUUAAUCACAAUAUGUACAUUAAAGAAGAAAAUAAACAUUAUACCCUCUUUCAGUCAACCUGUCCUGAUGUGCGCCAAGACCAUAUCAGGUAGCUUAAUCGCUCUUGGGAUGAUGAGUCUUCUGGUCGAUGAGCCGCUGUUACACGUAUACCUUCUUUGUCUGGUGUGUUUGCCGGGAAGAUUACGAGGGACAAUGCCUUUCUACUGUACAUCAUUGUAGCUCUUACCAAAAUCCUCUCAGCCAAUCAAAUCGAAAGUUGACGCCAACGUCGACCGGACCUUAUCUGUAGAUAGUGCUCACCAGAAAUACUAUGAAACUUUUUACACGCAGUAGGCUCUUUCGUAUUUCUUUCAAUUUCGGUGCAUGUCUUCUUAUGAACGGUAAGGGAAAAACGGUUGCCACGAAAAUAAUUUAAGUUCGUAAGCAAUAAGUGUAGCAUCUUUACUCGUUUUCCCAUGUGUUUUUCUUCUUUAAGCCCAUCCACUCUGCCCUAAAACCGUGGUUGAUGUUCUCCAUACGCAUACUUGUAAGUGCAUUUCGCAAAAGGACAACUCUUAGCCAUAAUAAAUUUGCAGGGGUACGACAUCCUAUAUUUUAGGAUUUAAGGAUGCAAAAGAUCAUGCAUGGAAACUUAUUCUGCUUCUUCUGGGCCAAGCAGCACAUCACAGACGAAUACAGGUUUGUGGCAUUAUAAAUGGUUUGGAUUUUUUGUCCCUUUUUUUUGUCCAGUCAUGUAUUGUUUAUUUAUGCGUUGACCUUCUUCUGCACACUGGAAGGCAUUCGGCUCGGUUUGUAGAAGGGCUCUAUCUUCCAACAUGCUUUUGUUAGGGAACUUUUAUUGGGAAUGUGCUUUUUAAGAUGGAUAUCUUUGUACAAACAUGAAGUGUGAUUAUAGGCUAUGUGAAUUUUACGGCAAAUCAUUGAAUUUAUUCUCUCGGAUCAAAUCUCUCCCCAACCCAUGGCAUGGUUGCAUCUGCUCACCUUUCAAUCCUAUGGAAUUUCUUUUAUACAUUUUGUGCAGUUCACAACAAAUCCUUUUCGCCAUCACUGAAAAUAACCUCUCAAGGAAUCAGAGCGUUUGUAUGGAGUGUUUACAGCAUUGAUUGCACUUUAAAAAACCCAUAGAAAUUCAAAUUAUUAUAAUGCUGACAGGACAGCCGUCCCUUUGUGGCUGGCAAUAUCACCAAAGCUAAAGAGUGAGUUAAUCUCUUGAACGUCUCCCUCUCCUGAUCCACCCUUUGUUUUAACAACAAACAACUAUUGUAGGUUGAUCAUUAGGUUAAACAGGCGUAAUGUUUUGAUCAGGGUUGAUUCAUUCCUGGAAAAGCCUGUUUGUGACCCUCAUGGUUUGUGCCUUGUUUGGAAGUUGUAUUUGAUAUGUCAGAAAUUUAAAAGCGUAUAUAUAGAGAGUAUUAUUUUAGGGCCUGCCAUAACUUUGAUUGUUUUGCAUUUUCAGCAAGUUGCAAAGGAAGCUUUUUUGAUCUUUGUUUAAAAUUAAACAUGCAUUCUCAUUCUUCUGCGUCAUUUUCCUUUGCAAUUACGGUGUGGUUUGUGUUAAGGUUAAAACCAUGUAUGCUGGCGAGAUGUGAGAAACUGAUCUUUGUCGUGGUGGAAAUCAGUUGAUGAUGUUAUCAAUUUUGAUCGUGUUGUCGGCACCUUGGGACAGGUCAUAUUUAACUGAACUUCCUUAAAAUGCAACUUUCAGUUUCUUUAUCUUUCUAUUUUAUCGUCAUGUUGUACCAUACUGUUUUCAUGUUAAUUAGAAGUUUCUUACAUGCUAACAUUGUUUUGUUUGAGCAAAUGAAAUAAAAAUUGCAAUACA